AUGUCCAUGAACAAUGUUGCUCAUGAGCAACCCCGUUAUGAGCAAGGAUACUCGUUGAUGUGGCGGGAGCAGAGUCCGCGCACUGAGAACGACGGCGCCGGCCACCGCCUGCCGCCCGGCGCCGACGUCGUCAAGUUCUUUGCCGAUUACCGCUGCAGGAUCAUGCGGUUGCCGCCGGCGCAGCAGCACCCUUAUGUGCCGCGCGUGUUGCAUCUGCCUCGGGGCCCGAACCCGGAUUAUAUGGUCUUCUCGCGGGAAGAGAUGGAUGUGAUGGUAGGCACUGCAGGGCUAGCAUAG